CGGGACCUAAUUGUUAAAGCGUUGGAAUUACACAUCCCGGGUCCAGAUCCUGUGCCCACAAAUGCAUUGUAUUUUUUUAUAGAAAUGGAAUUUCAGACAAUGAAAAUUUUAGGAUUAGCAUUUGUUUUCUUUAUUUCGCAGAAUGAAGGAAAAUUAAUCGACACGUUGUACGUCGGAGACUAUGAAUUAACCUAUUAUAACUAUGGAAAAGAUGCAUAUUACUCCCAUCAAACUGCUAUUUACGAAUGUGUUGUAAAAAUGCCUGGCUCAAGAUUGGUGAUUACAGAUAAUGAAAAUUUACAUGAAGCAGUGAAAGAACUCUUGAAAAACAAUACAUCAAAUAAAGUCUUGAUUGGUGCAUUUAAGAUUAGAGAAACCAAAGAAUACUAUUGGAUGAAUGGGGAAAAGCUCAAAGCCGGAUUUACUAAAUGGGCUGAGAAUGAACCAAAAACGUCCCAUACUACAGCGGACGUGUAUGUUACAUUUGCGGAUUCUGAUUUAAAGUGGUUUGUAGAGCCAUAUUUCUAUGGCACUCGAACUGGAUUCAUAUGCCAAACUAGAAUUGACAAACUCCAACCGUCGUACUAUACGCUGAACUUUCUUUCGGAGAUACAAACUCUACAAACACAGGCAUUGGAACUAUGACCUAUUGGGAUGCACAGAAGAUGUGCACAAAGAAUCAAAGUAGAAUUGUAGACAUUGUUAACGAUAGGGCGUUCUUUGAGAUUCGCGAAAAGUGUGCCAGUGACCCGACACUUAAGUAUUGGAUACGAAAAGAUGAAAACUCUAAAAACUGUUUAAUUAUGGGAAGUGAAGGAUGGUCACAAAAUGAUUGCGAUGAUCCGUCUAUUUAUCCCAUUUGUGAGAAAAUUCCACCAUGGGGCUUGAGAGUUUCCAACGAACGACCAGUUAUUAAGAGAAAAGAAAGCAUUACGAUUGACUGUAGAGCAUCAGGAUAUCCAAUUCCAAUUGUUGGUUGGCAACGAAGGGAUAGAACUGUCAGCGAAGGAUUAAAUCGACGAAUCCAUCAGAUAAAAUAUGACGGAUUUUCUCGACUUGUGAUAAACAACGCCAAGCCUUUUGACUCAGGAAGAUAUCAUUGCUUUGCCACUAAUUCAAUUCAUUCUGUGAGAGGAUACGCAGAUGUCAGAGUUGAUGGUAUGAUGCAACAUAAUUUUACAACAUUUGAAGUGAAUUUCGG